CGCCGUGGGUACCCCCUCCCCACUACAAAACCAUCCCGAAUCCCAACCCAGACACCAAAGCACGCGGGCCCGGCCGGGCCGCGUCCCAGGCCCAAGCCAGGCCUGUCGGCCGGAGGUCUCAACAAGCGACACCCACGCUCGGCCUUCCCGGCAAAGCCACAAAGGAUACCAGCACCACGGCUUCAACUGCUUCUUCUUCUUGCGACCCAUCGCUGCGCUCUACAGAACAGCUUUCUUGCCCGGGACUCGAAAAGCCAGCGGAACUCAGGUGAGCGAGGGCGAGGAGGAGGUCGAGCCGGCGCACAGAGGACCGCCCAGCUGCGGAGGAACGGUUUGACUGGGACACAGGGCCGCGAGGAGGCUGCCACGAUGCUCCCGUCUCUGCAGGAAUCGCUGGAUGGGGACGAAAAGGAGCUGGAGAGCAGCGAGGAGGGUGGCUCUGCGGAGGAGCGGAGACUCGAGCCACCACCCAGCAGACACUAUUGUCUGUACAGCUACCGCAGAAGCAGAUUGACACAGCAUCGAGGGGAUAGUGAUGAUGGACAUUCAAGUGGAACAAAUACAGAAACUCCCUCUGGUGAUGAUUUCAGCCUCUCCUUGGUGGAUACUAAUCUUCCUUCUGAAGUGGAGCCAGAGCUGCGCAGUUUCAUUGCUAAGCGUCUUUCCAAAGGAGCAUUCUUUGAAGGGCUGGGUAAUGUUGCAUCUGUAGAGCUGAGAAUUCCCAGUUACCGGGUUGGUUGUUACUACUGCCUUUUCCAACAGGAAAAACUGCUUCCUGAAAUAGUAGCAGUGGAACCGGAAUUUAACCCUUCUGAGUAUGUGGUCUGCUUCUUAGGAGGGUCUGAAAAAGGACUGGAGCUUUUCAGGCUUGAAUUGGACAAGUAUAUUCAAGGGCUGAAAAAUAACCUGAACUGCAAGGAAAGCAGCCUGGGAUGUGAUGUCAGGUCCUAUCUGCACAGCUGGUAUGAGGAUGUGGUGUGUCCGAUCCAAAGGGUGGUUCUUCUCUUUCAGGAAAAGCUGACCUUUCUGCUGCAUGCUGCUCUAAGUUAUACUCCUGUUGAGCUUAAAGAAUCAGAUGAAAAAACAAGGAGAGACAUUAACAGGUUUCUGAGUGUGGCCAGUCUCCAAGGACUUAUUCAUGAAGGCACCAUGACCUCUUUGUGCAUGGCCAUGACAGAGGAGCAGCAUAAGUCUGUGAUCAUCGACUGUAGUGGGCCCCAGCCUCAGUUCUACAAUGCAGGAAGCAACCGUUUUUGUGAGGACUGGAUGCAGGCUUUCCUACAUGGUGUUGAAGCGGGGAACCCUUUCCUUUUCAGACAAGUCCUGGAGAACUUUAAACUAAAGGCCAUACAAGACACAAACAAUUUGAAGAGAUUUAUCCGACAGGCAGAGAUGAAUCACUAUGCUUUGUUUAAAUGUUACAUGUUCCUUAAGAACUGCGGCAGUGGAGAUAUUCUUUUGAAGAUUGUUAAAGUGGAACAUGAAGAAAUGCCCGAAGCCAAAAGUGUGGUGGCGGUCCUUGAAGAGUUCAUGAGAGAAGCACUUGACUGAGGUGUGAGCGUGACACGGAUUAGGCUGCAUGUAUGGAACUGUAGUUGUCAUUGUUCACAG